AAAACAACAAAAAAAAAAAAAAUCCCAAAUUUUUAAAAAUGUGUCACAAAAUUUAAAUUUUUAAAAACAGCCAUAAAAAGAAAAAAUUAGGCAGCCAAAGCUAUUUUAAACAGUCGAUAGAUAGCAGUUUAACCUUAUUCAUUCUUGUUCAUCACAGAACACAAUCCAUCUCCCAUCGCUUUAUACUUGUUGACCUUGUAUGUGUCACUCCUCCGCUUUCGAUUGUCCCGUUUUUUGAUUUGAUUUAGCAUUAUUACAACAGGAUUUAUAGUGGUGUGAACUCGUCUUUUGUUGCUGAUCAUCACUGUCAUCCAAUAGUACCACCAAGACAAGUUAUAAUGUCAGAUACCAACUUCCAAGAGAGCCCAUCAGGCUCUAGUCCGUCUAAGAAUGUCAAGAAUCUAUCUAUUUCAACUCCAUCAUCGUCAUCAGAUAAGCAUACUACUCAUCCAUCGUCAACCAAUGUAGCCGCACCAAUUGAUUUGAAUGUUGCUAUUAAUCCUAAUAGCAAUAAAAGUGUAACACCAUCAAAUGAUAUAACCCCAGCAACCGAUAAUACAAUUCCAGUGGUUAAUCCUGUGGUAUUUAAGGUUCCUAAGAAGAUAUUGGUUCCUACUCCUGUUCCUGAAUCUAAAGAACAAACCAAAACUCCAGUACCAACAGAACCCAUCAUCACCUCAUCAUCAGCCACUGUUGCUUCCCAAACUAAUAGUAAUAAUUCAAGUAAUGCUCCAUCGGUAAUAGCGUCUCCCGCUGUACCAGCAGCAACUUCUUCAACUAUACCUCCAUCUCAAGCCAUCCUUAAUAAAACUACCAUUAAUAAUAUCAAUAAAUCCUUAAAAGCAAAACAAAAAGUGAUUAAUUCAAGAGAACCCUUAAAGACUCCUGUCAGUUUAAUAUCAGAUUCUUUAACUACUUCACCUCAAACUUCAAUAUUCCCUAAUAAUAUAUCAUCCGUCAAUAUUGGUAGUCAUGAUGUGGAAACUAUAGAUACUACCAUCAAUAAAGCUCAUGAAAAUAAUACUACUAGUACAGGAACUUCAAAACCUAUAAUAAAUCCAUCUAGUACAGCAAAUGUAUUACCCCCUCAACCUCCAUCAAGUUCAGCCCCCAUAUUAUUAAAUCCAAAUAAUUCAGCUUUGAAUUUAAAUCAUUCCAUAUCAGGUAAUAUCAAUCCAAAUAUAUCCAAUGUUUCUCAAAAUAGUGAACUUCCGAUUGGUGAAUCGAAUCAAACCACUCAAAAGAAACCGGAUGCUGCUAAAGCUAAACGGAAAAAGAUUCCCAAACAACCAUCUACCAGAACUGAUUUCUUUGCUGCUAAAUUAGCUACUGCUGUGGAUGAAGUUGAAAGUAGUGAUAGUGAUGAAACUUUUGUUUAUGAAAAUAAUAAUCUGAAUGAUUUUGAAAAUAUUAAUGUCCCAGGGAAUUUUGGUGAUACAAAUAGUAUUCAUGGAAGUAUCAUGACUAAUCCGGUUCAAAUUUCGGCUUUAACCGUUCCUCAAGAUCAAAAUGAAGAUAAAGUUCCAAAAGCAUCUCCCAUCAAUAAUACAGCCACCCAACCACUUCAACCUCCAUCUAAUAGACCUCCAUCAAUCACAAACUCAUUUAGUAGUAAUCACUAUAUCGAAAGUAUUGGAGUAUUGAGUGGUAAUAACAGUUCAAGAGAUAAAAGACCAGUGGCACGUCAACAAUCAUUUUCAUCCUAUUCUCAUGAUGAUGUUGCUGGUAAAAAUCAGUUCCCUAGUGAAAGAUCAUCUAAUAAUCAUUCUCCAUAUAUUGACGGUCCUCCUAUUAAUGAGAUUGCCGUUCCUACCAAGAGAUAUCAAAGUACUACUAAUUCCCAAAUUGCUCGUAGUAUAAGUGAUGGAUAUAAUGAUGAUAAUUUUUCUUAUAAUGAAGUUGAUGAUGAUGACGAGAACUUGAUCGAUGAUGAAAUGUCAACCGAUGGUGACUAUUUCACAGGUCAAAAGUCAAACAAUGCAACUUUAACUAAUGCAAGUGGUAUUCAUACCCAACCUCAACCACAAUCCCAUCAAUCUCAACCAUCUCAAUCACAACCACAGCAACAAUCAUCUCAACAACAACAUCUUCAACAAUCUGUGGUUUCAAAUGCUGCACAAUCUGUUUCAAGUAAAGCUGGUAGUAAAAAGAAUUAUAAAUCUUCUACUUCAUCUUCAAAAUUAAGAUCUACUACUUCUAAAUUAUUCGAUAAAAAAGGUUCUCAACCUAGAAGAUAUAGCAUCAUCCCUGAUGAUAUUGAUAUUGAGGAUUUUGAUGAUGAAUUAAUCUAUUAUGAUAAUAAUAUUAGAUUUCCAUAUAAUGGUAGUACUAAUAAUUUACAUGAAACCACUCCAUUAAUGAAUCAACCACAUCAACCUCAACAACAUAGAUUACCCCAUUAUAGAUCAUUAAAUUUGAAUUUCCCCGGUUCUAAGAAAGAAGCAUCCACAUUAAAGAAUAAAAGAUAUCUAUCAACCGGUCAACCUUUAGUUCCAGAUAAUGGAGGAACAGCUUCUCCUAAUGCUCCUAAUAACGAAGUUUAUCCCUUCCCAUAUCAAGAUCAAUCCCAACCUAAUUAUUAUUAUGAUUUCGAUGAAUAUGAUGAAGAAGGUAAUGAAGAUUUCAGAGUUAACUUAGGAGGAGGAAGAAAUAAUGGUAAAAAUGGUUUAUACAGUAGUCAACAUUUCUUCUUACCUAGAAAGCAAUCUGGUGAAUUUGAUAAUUACAGAGUUAAUUGUAUUAAAUCAUUCAUUUACACUUUGAUUAGUAUUGUUAGUAUUUUAUCAAUUGGAUUCAUAAUGGGAUUUGUAUUAGCUACCACAAAGGAUUUAACUAACGUUUCCAUCACUUCGAUUGAAAAUGCAGUAGUGAGUCAGGAUGAAUUAAUCUUCAAUAUUGUGGUUCAAGCCUUCAAUCCAGGUUGGUUUACUGUCGACAUUGAAGAUGUCGAAUUGGAUAUUUUUGCCAAGAGUGGAUAUUUACCAGAUUCUCUUGUUGCUGAACAAGAAGAUAUGGAACUGUUAGCAAGUAAUGUCGUCACAGUCUUAUUAGGAUCAGUGCUUACUUUAGAAUCUCCUAUGAGUUUUAGAGGUGGGUUUUUCAAUCGAGACCCAAUAUAUCAAUCUGGAGAAAUCAAAUUAUUCUCACCAGGUAAGAACUUGACUAAUAUUCUUGCAUUAGCAAACAAGAAAGAUAAAGAAAAGAAAAAUAAAGAUGAUGGUAAUUCAACAGAUCCUGAUAAUUCCAAGAAAUGGGAAAUCAUUAGUAAGAAUCCAUUCGAUUUAGUGGUGAGAGGUUUAUUGAAAUAUAAUUUACCAAUGUCCAUUGGUAAGAAUACCAAAUCUGUGGUUGUUGAUAAAACUGGGUUCAUUGAUCCAACUCAAUUCACAUAUAUUAAUGAAGCAAAUAACGAGAAAGAUAAAUCUGAUUAAGUUAUAUUAUUUAUAUAGCAUAUUAUAUAUAUUAUCAUCUAUUUUGAAUAUAACGAAAUUUUUUAUUUUUAUACGCGAG